AGAUAUAUAAAAUAUUUCUGGUAAAUAAAAAUUGAUAGACAGUUUUGGUUCCGCAUAUAAAGCUUCUCUGGCGCUUGGGCUUAGCAUAACCCUUACCUUUGGUAUAGAGAAGAAGAAGAGAGAGUGAUGGAGUGCGUAUUCGGAUUGGUGGGUAAUGGAUUCGCGAUCGUGGUGGCUGAUUCAUCGGCGGUGCACAGCAUCCUCGUCCACAAGUCCAACGAGGACAAGAUCAUGCUUCUCGAUUCCCACAAACUCAUCGCCGCUAGCGGCGAGCCCGGAGACAGGGUUCAAUUCACUGAGUACAUUCAGAAAAACGUCGCCUUGUAUCAGUUCCGUAACGGCAUCCCUCUCACCACCGCCGCCGCCGCCAAUUUCACACGUGGCGAACUUGCCACUGCUCUCCGCAAGAACCCAUACUCUGUGAACAUCCUUCUUGCUGGCUAUGACAAAGAGACAGGCCCUGAACUGUACUAUAUUGACUACAUUGCAACGCUUCACAAGCUUGAAAAGGGGGCUUUUGGUUAUGGCUCCUAUUUUUCACUCUCAAUGAUGGACAGACACUACCAUAGUGGAAUGUCAGUUGAAGAAGCAAUUGAUCUCGUUGAUAAGUGCAUUAUGGAAAUCAGAUCCAGGCUUGUUGUUGCGCCGCCCAACUUUGUUAUUAAAAUCGUGGACAAGGAUGGUGCAAGAGAGUACGCAUGGCGUGAGUCAGUCAAGGAUACUCCUGUUCCUUCAGCUUGAGUAACUCUUUCCCUAAUUUUCGUUGGACUUCUUUCUUUCUAUUUGCCCAUGCUUUUGUCUUGUUAUAGUUUUUUUUACUGGUCUUGUAAUGUCUCUGAAAAUUAUGGUCUAUAGAUGCUCUAAAGUAAGACAGUUUAUCAUUUGAAUUAAUAUGCAUGAUGGCUAGUUCAAUCCAGAAAUGAAUUUAUGACAUUGUGUGGAGUAGGCUUGAUUUUAAUGAAUCUGGAUUCUGGGUCC